CGAAGGAAACCCGGGAAACAAACGGGUCAAUUACAAUUCCCCUGCUCCAAAGCUUGCUUGGCAGUCAUCUCCAGAACCUGCUGAAGCUUCGUUCAUACCGCCGGAGGAAAGGGGGUUUUGCUCCGGCGAGCGGCUGAAAAUGGGUGCAACGACGCCAUAUGAGAUGAAAUUGGAUAGAAUUUCCUCGUACAUUGAUAGCUUAACUUUGUACGUCAACCGUGUCGACCAAAUCGAUCCAGUCCAACUCUGCAAUAUCUGCUUUUCCCUUGCCAGAAGUAUUGACUUUGCAAUUGCCAACGACUUUGUUCCAUCUAAAGCUCAAGGUUUACCCAGUCUCUUGAAACAGAUAUGUCAGAAGAAACAUUCUCAUCACUUAAAAGCAGCAAUCAUGGUGGUCAUGAUAGCCGCCAAGAAUGCUUGCAAGGUGAAAUGGUUUUCAGAAAAGGAGGCAGAGGAACUCUACAGUCUAGCUAAUGAGAUUGGUAGCGAUUUCUUUGUAGAUACGAAUACUGGACCAAGCAAUGCCCUUGCCACGAUUACUACAGUUAUGGAAAGAUUUUUUCCUCGCUUGAAGCUGGGUCAGAUUGUUAUAUCUGCGGAAGUUAAGCCUGGAUAUGGAGUAUUUGCUUUUGAUUUCAAUAUUUCGAAGACAAUCCAAUAUGCACCACAGGAGAAAAUACGACUGUUUGUUGCUCAAAAAGAUAAUACUGAGACUUCUGCAUGCAUAAUCAGUCCUCCACAGGUUAACUUCCUUGUCAAUGGGAGGGGAGUCAAUGGAAGGACAAAUAUAUACAUGGAUACCGGACCACAGCUUCCAACAAAUGUAACUCAUAUGCUUAAACUAGGAUCAAAUCUUCUCCAAGUGAUUGGUAGCUUCAACGGCCAUUACGUUAUAGCAGUUGCUGUUAUGGGUUCAGCACCAUCGCCCGACUCAUCUGUGCUGCAAGAUCAUGAACAGCCAGCUGUUUCUACUGUGGAUUCAGAUUCUGACAUUAUCGAGGGCCCAUCACGAAUAUCCCUUAAUUGCCCCAUAAGCUAUACGCGAAUCAAGGUUCCUGUGAAAGGUCGUUCUUGCAAACAUCUUCAGCUUCUUCNUUUCUACAACUUUAUUGACAUAAAUUCAAGAAGACCAUCCUGGCGAUGUCCGCAUUGUAAUCAGUACAUUUGCUUUUUGGAUAUUUGUAUUGAUCGAAAUAUGUUGAAGGUCAUUAGAGAAGUGGCUGAAAACGUUACUGAAGUAAUUAUCUCAGCAGAUGGAUCAUGGAAGGCCAUCCUUGAAAAUGAUUGUGGGGAUGGUCGGCCAUUGGAUGAUUCUCUUAACCAACAGAAUGAAAGGGCAGAACAAGAGUCUACUGCCCCUCCUGAUGUGUUAGAUCUUACUGAAGUUGAUGAUGAUAUGAACAUCUGCAAUUUGGAGACUGAAGACAGGAAACCUUGUCUUGGUAAUAAAAACCAACCGGUUUCUUCAAGCUUAAAUAUAUUAUCUGGAAUGAACAGGAAUAGCUUGAAUCAAAAUUUUUCUGCUGCCUUGGACGAUGACUUUUGGUCUGGAAUGGUUACUGAUAGGCUUUUGACCUCAAGUAUCAGGUCAGAUGCUCCAAUGGGUAGUAGCACAGCUGCACCUAGUUUUGCUGGUCUUACGCAAUCAGCUGGCUUGACUGAUGCUGUAUCACCUGUUCUUAAUCAUGAUGUUGGGGUUCCAGGCCAGGUCAACUUUCCAUUUCCUGCAUUCUAUGAUCAAAAUAAUGUGCAGGUUCAAGUUUCGAAUUCAAACGAAAGUAAUCAGUACGGUAGGAUGACAUCAAUAGCAAGACCUGUAAGCAGGACGCUUGCAGGUCAAGUCCUUCCUGCUCAGUCCCAAACAUCAGGCCAGCAGUAUAGUUCAAGAACUUCAACCAUUUCCUCUGCUCCUCAAGUCGGACAGAGCAUUCCGAUUAGCAGAGAUGGUUUAAAUAUGAUAUCUCGUGAUUCAGAAAGGAGACAGCCAUUUCCGAGACAUCAUGGAGAUUUACAUCAUGCAACAAACCUAGCUCCAUUUCUCCGUCCACCAAUCGUGCAGAAUCGGGAACCUCAAGAUUGUUCCUUCACCCCUGGCCAGUCUGUUCGAGCAUCAACUGCUCAGAGGCCAUCUGCGGGGAUAUUAACGGAUUUCCAGAAUCCUCACCUUCAGCAAGCUCUCAAUUUGAGGAUAUCCCAUCUCCGGAAUCAGAAUCCGAGCAGUGUUCGGCCAUCUUUGCCAUUCUCGAGACCUACGAGUCAAGUAGGAGGUGGAUAUGGUGGAUCUGCUUAUACAGCAGUGACUCCUCAUAAUCAACAUGCUAGAAUGAUGGUUGCUUCCCAGCGAGCUGAAAUGAUGAGACAAUCUUCAGCCAUGUCAUUACAAAACCAAACUUCCAGAUCUCCCCAUCCUCUCCAAACUACUCCUGAUGGGCUUAGGAGACCAACUGGGGAGCUGAGAAACGUAGGAGGAAUGACUCAAUCUGUUACCAUGGCUUCCGAUUUACUGGAUCCAUCAGUAGAGCAGAACCGACAGCCCAUAGGUCGAAUGCGUGGCAGUCUUUCCGGUCGAGCCUAUUCUGAUGCUUAUGGCGUAAUUAUCCAGCCAACUCAACCUGUACAGUCUGCUCGACCUCCAUCAAACCUGACUACUACUCAAUCCAGUGCUCCAUCCACGCACACCCAAAGGUCCAAUGGAUUCGACACAGUCGUUCCAAGAACAUAAUAUUAGAUGUCGAGGAAUUUCUUGCUCUGGAUUACAGGUGCUCUUCCGUUUCCCAAACCUCCUCUUUAGAUAUUUUCUGACUGGAGUGUUCAUAUUCAAUAUCCCAUCCCCAAUUUUGUCCACUGCAAAGGUUUCCUUGUAACUAGCUGCUACCGUUGUCUUAUAACAUCUGUUCUUUGUAGCUUGUUCUAAAUGGGCUUAUCUUCCUCCACCCAAUCAUUGUAAACAGCUUUAGGCUCUGAACCCAUGAUAGAAAUUAAUGGUUUCUGAACAAGGAAAUUGGGUCCUGGAGAUGCUUUGCUUGAAUAGUUGCCCAAUGAAAAUGUAAACUCCAACUAGAAGGCUUAGUUGAAAUUUAUAAUCCCAGUCACUUGGAAAGCUACUUGAAAUCUA